UUGUCUUUGUUUGCCUUGCACUAAUUUUCUUUCCACACGACCCCCCUGUUUAUGUGCCUCUUUUUGGGACCUUGCAUUCACAACUUCACCGCACUCGCUCUCCUAGUACUACUUUCGUUACCAGCCCUGGCUAACCCGCCUUCACCAGAAAAAGCAUCAAGCUGUGCCGCCCAUCAUGAACAACAGUGAUGGCCAUGCCCGGGACAGCAAUGGUGCGCUUUUAUCGCCUGGAACCAUAAAUCAUGCGCCAGCGCUCACAUCUGCUGCUGACAACAAGUCAAAUCAUUUCGACACCAACCAGCCCGCGCCGCUGUCUGCCAGUCAGUUUGAAGACUUUGCGCUCAUGGCCAUGUGCGCCGCCACUGCCCUGGUUGAGCAGCGCUCCGCGCAACCGUGCUCUACCACGCUCGCUGUCGCCGCCGCUGCCACUGGUCCUGUGGCGCAGCAUCCAGCCGAGCGCGCAGUCGACUUUGUAUGGCAGCUGGGGCUUGUCCACCCGGAGUCCGGCCUGGUGCCCGAUGACGACUACGGCCGCAUUCACAUGCUGCAGUUUCUAUACAUCUGGGCCACCCGCGUCCUGCCAGCACUGCAUAACGCCCCAGAGGCCCUGGCUCGGUCCUGCGACCUGGCGACGCUCAGCAGCUGGAUUUCACUGCAGCGCCGCCGCCAAAAGAAGCAGCGCGGCCCCUUCUGGAACGGCCGCCUGCCCAGCGCCGCUGAGGUUGUUGUCGCGCCAUUCGCCGAUUACCUUCUACACGCCGGCAUUAUCCCUGACACUCAGGAGCAUGGCGCCCUGGCUUCCUGGCUGGCCGCCGUGCAAGCCUUGUCUCUACCGAUGCAGUUGGUUCGUUCGGGCUAAUAGGCAGCCAUGAGCAGCUUCGAGCAAGCCAUACAACGCCUCGGACUACCCUCAUUCACGUUGCAUGUUUUCUUUUCAGUUGGAAUUAAAGCGAGUCAAAUCAAGUUGAUUCAAGCUUGCCGAUCUGAUGCAGUAUGCCCUGUUUUAAAUGCAUUUUGUGGGACCCCCUCGUAUCUCGAGGUCUGAUACUCUUUGAUAUUGAAUAAUAAAAAUAUAUGCCAAAAACCCA